AUGUCCUCAACUGCACCACGGAGAAGAGCCACCCACGCCGGUUCAUGGUACAGUUCCUCCCCCAGCAAGCUCGAUGCCCAACUCAACGGUUGGCUCAACGAAGUCGACCCUUCAGCCAUUCCUUCUGCAGUGGAAGUAGCUUCUCUUUCUCCAUCCCCUUUGACAUCUCCUUUGACUCUGCCGAUAGAAGGAUGUAGAGCAAUCAUUGGUCCGCAUGCUGGGUACUCCUACUCGGGACCGGCAGCCGCUUGGGCUUAUCGCUGCAUUCCUGCUACUACAGCAGGUGUACGGAUCAAGCGCGUCUUCAUGCUAGGUCCAUCACACCACCACUAUCUCGAUCGAUGUGCCCUCUCGCGCUGCUCCGUCUAUGAAACUCCCUUGGGAGAUCUUAAAGUGGAUGGGGAGACUUCUAGGGAGAUUAUGAUGAGUGGACAGAAGGGGGAUUGGGAAUGGAUGGAGAGAGGAGUGGAUGAGGCGGAACAUAGCAUUGAGAUGCAUGCUGCUUAUGUGCGGAAGGUGUUUGAAGGACAAGAAAUCACCAUUGUCCCCAUUCUCGUGGGAGCAAUCUCAACAAGACAGGAGUCCUAUUAUGGAAGCCUACUAGCACCUUACCUUGCAGAUCCAGACAAUUUCUUUGUCGUCAGUUCAGACUUUUGCCAUUGGGGCUCCCGCUUCUCCUACACUUACUACCGCCCAUCUCCCGAUGCCUCGUCCACCUCCCUCUCCUCCACCUUCCGACCACGGGAGGGGGAUGCACCCAUCCACCAGUCCAUCCGAGAUCUAGACGACGAAGGGAUGCAAGCCAUCUCCUUUCCCACUUCCUCCUCUCCCUCCCCUUCAGGAAGUGGUGCAGUGCAGGGAGAGGGCAAGAGUGCCAUUCAAGCAAAGGAGGAAUUCGCAGCCUAUUUGAAAAAGACGCGCAAUACAGUUUGUGGAAGACAUCCUAUUGGAGUUUUGCUAGGGGCAUUGGCUGAAUUGGAGAGCCAAAAGGGACAGAAGAGCGAGUGUCGCUUUGUACGGUAUGAGCAAUCGAGCGAGUGUGAGUCGUAUAGGGACAGCUCCGUUUCCUACGCUUCGGCUUUCGUGCGCUUCCUCUAG